AUUUUUGUUGGUCAUGAGUCAUGAUGUACUGAAAAUCUUCGUAAAGAGUUCAUUGAUGACGAUAAACCCAACACAAAAAAAUGCCAAGAAAUUGUGAUCGCUUCUUCUUCUAAAACGCUGUUCCGUCAAAAGACGCUUUUAACCUCUCGCCGGAAGAAGAAGAAGCCAAACGGCUUCUAAUCGCUUCCGAUUUCGUUGCAUGCGUUUCGUAUUUUUCAAAGACUGACAUCGCUUUGUUUCUCUCUCCGCAACGUGACUUUUCGGCGGCGGCAAACAUGCCCAUCACUCAAACCACGACUGCAGAUAGUGUUUUCCAACUCCAACGCGCCAACCACUCCUCCAAGCGGAAGCUCGAUGACUACGGUGAUGAAUAUGGGGCAGAUGCCGGCGCGGAUUUCGCCGGCGGCGACCCCGAGGUCGCCUAUGCAGCGGGAUUCCUUGCCGGGAUUAAGCGAGAAGAGACGAAAAACGCCUCAAAUUCGCGGUACCGUGGCGCGGAUGCUAGGGUUUCGUCGUCGACUCCUUCUUCGUCGCGAGCCGCUCAGUAUCGGAGCGGGUCGAGGUCCGGGUCGCGGUUACAGUUCUUCGUCCGAAUGAUGUCGCGAGGGAACACUGUGGUGAUGCAAGCAUCUCCUCACGAUACCGUGAAAUCGAUCCACGAGAGAAUCAUGGUAUUGACCGGUAUACCUGUUUUCGAGCAGGGUUUAACAUACAGAGGCAAACAACUCCAGUGGGAGAACACUCUUCAAGAGUGUGGGGUUCAGAACGACGCAAACCUCCACCUGGUUGGUCGCAUGAGGAGUACGGAGCACCCUCAGGCGUGGCAGGUUCUUGAAAACAUGGUCAGUCUUGUUUUCAGGCUCUGUAGAGGCGAAAUUGUUCACGAGGCUACCAAGGUGAUCAAGAGCCUCAUCACCAGUUACAUGAACAUGGCGCCCAAGGUUGAUGAUGCUACAGCAUCUUAUUUCCACAUUUUCAUCGCCUCGAAUGCCCCUUCCAUGCUGGUAACUCUUUAUGUUUCUCCUUAUGCUGGUAACAAGGAACGUGGUGAUUUAUUUGUCAGGCAUUUCUUGAAUUCUUGUCGCAAUAACAUGGCUAAACCUUAUCACGGUCAGUGUGCGAGUGUGGUGUUGGAGUUGUGUAGUUUGCUUAUGAGGGUUGGGUGUGAUGAUCCUCUGUAUCUGCAUUGCCGGAAUACUUUGGGGUCUAUGUUAGAGAGUGCUGGUUGUUGCCAUGUUUAUGCAGGUAAGCAUGGUAAAGGUGGAGGGUCUAUUUUGUUGCAGGAUAUCUGCCCCUUUGUUCGUGAGCUUUCGAAUAGGUUGUUGAGGGAUUUGGAGUUAUGCAUCCAGCGCCCCAACAGUUCGGGGCCAUUGCAGACCGAUGUUUCGGACUUUGCAGCUUUCUUGACCCCUUUGAGGAAAGGAAUUACCCAAUUGCAAGCUAUGAGGGGUAUGGGGUUGGAUGAAAAGUGCCAUGAGGGGAUCUUGCUUGCAGAAGAAGUGGAUUACCUUCACCUUAUAUUUAUUCAAAUGUUGGAGAAAAUGGAACAAUGCCUUCGUUCUAUGCAGGAAUUCUUGUCUGACAAACUAAGACGGGAUCGGGAUGUGGGUUUGACGUAUUCUGGAUGUUCUCAAUAUCUUUCUAUCUUGAAGGAAUUGUAUCAAAUCUCCAAGCUAUAUGAUGGGGCGGAGGAAAAAUUUUGGAAGGUUUUGAUGAAUCAACGAAGUAUGCUUUGUAUACUUGUCAUCCAAUAUGCAAAGAGAAGUGAUGAUCACCAGUGGAUUCUUGAUCACAGAUCUGUGACUAAUUUUGAGGUGAGGAGGCAUCUGGCAAUGCUGUUGUUUCCUGAUGUCAAAGAAGACUAUGAGGAGUUACAUGAGAUGCUUAUUGAUAGGUCUCAAUUAUUGGCCGAAUCCUACGAGUAUAUAGCACAAGCAAAGCCUGCAUCUCUGCAUGCUGGGCUAUUUAUGGAAUUCAAAAACGAGGAAGCUACUGGACCGGGUGUGCUGAGGGAAUGGUUUCUUUUGGUGUGUCAAGCAAUAUUUAAUCCAGAAAAUGCUCUUUUUGUAGCAUGCCCAAAUGAUUGCAGGAGAUUUUACCCUAAUCCUGCAUCUAAGGUAGAUCCUCUGCAUCUAAAGUACUUCAGUUUUGCUGGUCGUGUUAUUGCAUUAGCUUUAAUGCAUAAGGUGCAAGUGGGUAUUGUUUUUGACCGUUUGUUUUUCAAGCAAUUGGCUGGAAAGUCUGUUACUUUAGAAGAUAUACAGGCGGCAGAUCCUUACUUGUACAGUAGCUGCAAGCAAAUAUUGGAGAUGGAUGCUGAUUUCAUUGAUUCAGAUGCUUUAGGACUGACGUUUGUGAGAGAGGUGGAUGAAUUAGGACACAGGAAAGUGGUUGAACUUUGCUCUGGUGGGAAAAACCUUGUAGUGAAUAGUAAGAACAGGGAGAAGUAUGUUUCUCUUCUCAUUCAAAAUUAUUUUGAGACAUCAAUUUCUGAGCAGGUAUCACAUUUUGCCAAGGGUUUUGGUGAUAUCCUUUCUAACUCAAGGCAACAGCCGUUCUUCUUUAAAAGUUUAGAGCUUGAAGACCUUGAUUGGAUGCUCCAUGGGAGCGAAAGUACUAUUUCUGUCGAAGAUUGGAAGGCGCAUACUGAGUAUAAUGGCUAUAAAGAGACUGACUGUCAAAUAUCAUGGUUUUGGGAGAUUGUUGGUAGAAUGCCAGCAGAACAACGGAAGAUACUUCUGUUCUUUUGGACAUCCGUGAAAUAUCUGCCAGUUGAAGGUUUCCGCGGUUUAGCUUCCCGUCUAUACAUUUACAGGUCUAUGGAAACUGAAGACCGCCUUCCUUCAUCGCACACAUGCUUUUACAGGCUGUGUUUCCCGCCAUAUUCAUCCAAGGCUGUCAUGCAAGAUCGCCUUAGAAUCAUCACUCAAGAACACAUCGGUUGCAGUUUCGGUACCUGGUGAGAAUACAUUUGCAAUUUGGGGGCUACAAGUGGUUUUCGUUUUGACUGCACAGAGAAGUAUCACUGCUCUGCUUUGUACAGUUAUAGCAUCAUUGUUCCUUCUAUCCUUGAAUUGGAUAAUGUGAGAAGGUUCUGUAGUUCUGUUUCCCGAAUCAAUUCAGGGUUGGAAUGUCAUUGCUGCUCUGUCAAAUGUUUAUAUCGGGGUCUAGUGUCAAAAAUAAAACAGGAUUAAAAAAGAAAAUUUCAUUAUAUUGGUGGUGAUGUGGUCAUUGUUCUGGUAAAUAGGUGUUGGUCUUGGUUCAUCUUCCCCGGUGACAUGUAAGUUUGGACAAAAUCAUGUUCAAGGGGCAACUCUUCCUCCUUUUAAUCUAUUAGGAGUUUGAGAAUUUCUAACAUUCUCACUAUUUAACCUAUUUAUGGGUUUAUGCAUUCUCGUCUACUCCAGCCAAGGCAACCCACAGGAGAGAAACUGCACUUGUUUCAGUGACAGAAAAUCAUUAGAUGUCAAGGGCUUAAAUAUGGGAUUACAUUAGAUUUUAGAUAUUCCUAUCUGGUUGGUAUGAAUACUUCUAGAUGAGUUUAGGGAAAAAGAAGAAAGAAUGGAAAUUCAGUUAUUUUCUUCAUA